AUGGACCGAGGCGCACCUUCGGGCAAAGGUGUCUCCUUGAGAACGAUCGACAACGCUUCCACCGAACUAUCGCUGCCCUCGCCGUCGUUACCAUACCGCAGCACGCCCGACGAGGCGGCUAUGGCCCGCCCCGAGUGGCGGGCUGCCGAGAAGUCGCUGGUCAGGAAGCUGGACAUGACACUCAUGCCGGUCAUCUGGACGCUGUACCUGUUCAACUACCUCGAUCGUAACAACCUUGCACAGGCCAAGCUGGACAGUUUCGAAAAGGAUCUGGGUCUCGUGGGGAACCAGUUCAACAUAGCGGUCUCGAUAUUCAACGUUGGGUAUAUGGUCGCCCAGCUGCCGUCCAAUAUGCUCCUCACCCGCGCCCGGCCGAGCAUCUACAUCCCAUCCUGCGUACUCGCGUGGUCGUGUGUGUCGGCGGCGACGGCGGCAGCGAAGAGCUUCCGCAGCCUCGUCGCCCUCCGCAUCGUACUCGGCCUCGUCGAGGCCCCCUUCUUCCCUGGUAUCUUCUACGUCCUCUCCUGUUGGUACACCCAGAAGGAGAUCGCCUUCCGCACGGCGAUCCUCUAUUCGGGCAUGCUCGUCGCGACAGCCUUCUCGGGCCUCAUCGCGGCCGGCGUCUUCGCGCACCUUGACGGCGCGCACGGGCUGGCCGGUUGGCAGUGGUUAUUCAUAAUUGAAGGUGCGGGGAGCUUCGCGUCGGCCUUUACGGCGUUCGCGUUCCUGCCGGACUACAUCGGGUCCAGCACGGGCGUGUGCUCGUGGCUCAUGACGGACGAGGAGCUGCUGGUCGCCGCGCAGCGGAUGGACGCCGAUAGGGUGUCGGUGCCGCAAGAGAAGGGAACGGUAUGGAAGGGGUUGAGCCUUGCGGUGAAAGACGUAAGGACAUGGAUUUUUGUCUGCAUGCAAGCCUUCUACCUCUCAUCCCACGGCCUCAAUAGCUUCUUCCCCACCAUCGUAAAAGGCUUCCUCCUCGGCAACAACACAAUCACCCUCUUACUCACGGCCCCGCCGUAUCUUGUCGCCGCGGCUGUCGCCCUCUGCGUCGCCGUCUCCUCGGACCGGCGGGCUGAUCGCGGGCUGCACAUCAUCGGCCCUGUAUGCGCCGCCGUAGUAGGCUUCAUCAUCACCGCCGCAACAACGAACCGCCCAGCGCGGUAUUUUGCCAGCUUCCUGUAUCUUCCUGGCGCCUUUGCGUCGACGGGGCUGAUCUUCAGCUGGGCCGGGAGCGUGUUGGGCCAGACGCCGGAGAAGAGGGCGGCGGCGACGGCCAUCGUUUGCCUGUUGGCGCAGUUCGGCAACAUCUGGAGCCCGUUCUUCUUCAGGCCCGAGGAUAGCCCGAGGUACCUGCUCGCGUUUUUCCUGAUGAUCGCCUUCUCGGGCAUGUGCAUCGGGGCGGUGUUCUUGAUGAGGCGGAUGCUGGGGAGGGCGAACCAGACAAUGCUCGAGGAAGCGGCGUUGACGGGCAGGAGGGUCCGGCUCUAUAUACUUUGA